GAGAAGAUGGAUUCGGGGCUAUCGUGGGCUGAUCAAUGGGAUUAUACGAACCCUGACCCUCCUCCGAGUUCGACGAAAGAAGAUGAGAGCAACAAGAAGAAGAAGAAGAAGAAGAAGGAAGGAGACGGAAGCAAAAGUAGUCUUGGGAAGACCAUCCUUGGGUUCAAAUGGAUGAAGGAUCUUCGCAAGAAAUCUGAAAAGUGAUUAGUGGAAAUUAACCCAAACCUCAUUGUAUAUCCAUAUGAUUCUUGUGGUAUUCAUUGUAUAUCCCAUUGAU